CUGGCGGUUGGUGCGGGAGUGUGUUCGGCUGUGAUGCGGUGUUGUGCUGCGAGGCGAGGCGGUGGAUAACAAAAAAACAGUGUGGCCCUGCGAAAGUUAUGUCUCUGGAAUCGCGUCCCAGCAAUUCGCUUUUCAAGCGAAAAGAGCAACUCAAGCGCUGGGAGGACUCCGAGACGAACCGCGUGAGUGCCGAGCCCCCUGCGGACAAGUCUCCCAGGAUCAAGUUCAGCGAUGGAUGUGUUUUCCUCGCCGCCUGCGCCGCCGGAGACACCGCCGAAGUCGAGCGACUGCUCGCCGUUGGUGCCGACAUCAACACGACCAACGUGGACGGGCUCACCGCUCUGCACCAGGCGUGCAUCGACGACAACAUGGGGAUGGUGGAGUUCCUCGUGGAGCAUGGCUGCGACCUCAACCUCGGCGACAACGAGGGCUGGACGCCGCUCCAUGCUACGGCCUCCUGUGGCUUUGUCAGCGUGGCCAGGUACCUGAUUGAGCAUGGAGCGGAUGUCUCCCGAGUGAACAACGAUGGCGACCUUCCCAUUGACAUCGCCGAGUCUGAGGAGAUGGAAGAGCUGCUUCAAGCCGAGAUUGACAGGCUCAACGUGGAUUGUGAGGCGGCUCGCAACGAGGAGGAGCGGCUCAUGUUGGAGGAUGCCAAGCAGAUGCUAAACAACAACCGGGUGCCGGACAAGGUGCAUCCCAAGACGGGCGCCACCUCCCUCCACGUGGCGGCUGCCAAGGGCUACCUCAAGGUCAUGAGUGUGCUAAUUCAGGCCGGUGUGGACCUGAACGCCCAGGACGUGGAUGGCUGGACGCCCCUGCACGCCGCUGCGCACUGGGGACAGAAAGCGGCCUGUCGCCUCCUCUGUGAGAACCUGGCCAACAUGGCUCCCAACUACGUGGGCCAGACAUGCUUCGACCUGGCCGACCCCGAAGUGCUGCCUGUGCUGGAGGAGCUUCGCAAGAAGCAGGAUAGUAUGCAGAAGGAGCGUCCCGAAAUCCAGGAGAUCCUGGAGCGGAAAGCACAGCGGCCGCCGCCCCUCAAGCGCCGCACGUCUGUCACGCGCAUGAGCCUCGCCGAUAAGAACAGCGUCGUGGUCAAGGACACCUCGGCCGAGCGCACCGCCAUCGAGUCGCAACUCCUGCUCGCCAAGGUCGACGAAGAGGUCGAACGCAAGUCAGAAGAGCGGGAGAUCCAACUGCACCCAAGCUCACCCGAGGAGCGACAGGUGGCGCGAAAGAACGAGGUGAACCGAGCAGUGAGCAACGCAUACCUGGACGCCGACACUGCAGCCGACAACAAGCCAAAGCCACAGGCGGAGAAGGAAGAGGAGGUGACGCUGGCGCUGAGGAGGCUGCGGCGGCCAAGUCCCGACAACGCGGAGCCGGUCUCCGCGGAGGUGACCGUCGCCCACCCCGGGCUGGCCCCGAGGACCGUCGAGUCACCGCCCGUCACCGUAGCAACCAUUACCAUCGACGACAAGAAGAAAGAGCCCUCACCGCCAACGGAAAUUGUCACGCUUCGAAAACCGCUCCGGGUCAGCGCUGACACCGGGGUCACGGAGGUCACGAGCUCCGCACCUUCCACGCCACCCACCGACAACACUCCGAAAAGGACAUUCGUGCUGCCAGUACGGGACGAGGAAUCCGAAACGCAGCGGAAAGCCCAUGCAAAGAGAGUCCGAGAGACGAGACGGUCGACACAGGGCGUGACGCUAGAGGACGUCAAGUCAGCCGAGCAACAGCUGCUCAAGCGCCAGCAGGAGCUUGAAGACAAAAAAGAGGACAAGCCUCCACCGCCAGCUGUCAUUGGCAUAGCACCUGUUGCCACGACGACCACUACAACCACCACUACCACCACCACCACGACAGAGGAGCUCGUACGGCGGCAUUCCUGGAGAAACAGGGACAAGGAGGAAGAACCACCCGCAGUGCGAGUAGUGCCCAGCAGUCCCGAAACCACCCCCGUGGUGACCUUCUCCAUGCCCAGGACGCGAGCUCCGAGGGGAGUGACCGCCACCGUGGGCUCCGACAUCAGCCACACUGUCACCUUACCUAUUCGACCACGGGGCAUUGUAGACGACACGGCCAUCACCACCAGGGAAGUGGGUGAUGGAGACAAGGACGACACGAAGACUAAUGCGCAGUCGGCGAUUUCAAGGCGAAGGCGACCAAAGCGGAGAUCGACAGGCGUUGUGUACCUAGAAGGGGAUAACAUUGGUGGCCAGGAUUCUCAGGCAGAAAAGGAAGGAUCAGAUAGGGAUAAACUGAGAAUAGGAGCCAUCAACAAUGUCUCCAACGACGCAGAGAGCACUCCAGACACGGUCCGGGGUCGCAGUGGGUCCGCGGGCUCCCUAGCAGAUAGCACCAAGUCCGAGACAGAGUCGCGGCUCAGUGGCAGUGCAGCCAGCCUUCAGGACGAUGACGAGCUCGACUACAAAAAGCUCUACACUGAACUGAAGGAGGACUACAAUAAACUGAAAGGCAAGCUGUCUCGGACGGAGGACGAGCUUGAGACAACGAGGCGUCAACUCGAGAAGGCACAGUUGAACAAUCGGAAUUCACUCAGCGAUGCUGAGAAGCGGGAACGUCGAGCGCUCGAGAGGAAAAUCUCGGAAAUGGAGGAGGAGCUCAAGGUUCUGGCUCAGCUCAAGGCCGAGAAUGCCAAGCUCAAGGCUGAAAACCGUGCGCUGACUCGCGUCGUGUCGAACUUGUCCAAAUGAGGAAGCAAUCUGAACAGCUGCGAGCCGAAAACGCCCGGCUUCGUGAGGAGAAUGGUGCCCUGAUACGAGUCAUCAGCAAGCUGUCCAAGUAGCCCCCUUCCCUUAGCCAUCUUUUCCUCUCCCACUCUUCGUCGGAAGCUGUGCAUCCUUCUGCAAGAACUAUCUCGUCUUCGCUUGUCCAUCGAAUCGUGGCUACGCCACUGUUGUGAACGAAAGUGGAAUGCUCAGUGCUUGUUUGUUCUUCACCAGUCGCCAUUGUUUUUGUAGUUAGCCCACUGCUUCGUUGUCGAUUUGGCCUGCUGCUCUCAAACCGGCUUGCCAAGCGACUCCGUCUUGAAAUGAAACAGUCAACGGCUUCAACAACUUGCCUGUGUAGAUAAUCAAGCUAUAGGUGCACUCACUGGAAGAGUUUUGUGCCCUCUGGUGGUUAGUCCUGUCCCCAAACAGUAAUCGCCUGUCUAGCGCACCUUUUCCUUCUUCAAAGUUGCAACAUGCCUGCAUCUCUAGAGUCUUGAAUAUGUGUACUCUUAGCAGUGCGGCAUGUUGUGUACGACGUGAAAGUCGUACGCAAAGAAUGUUGAAGAAAAGUGCCCACUUAAGAGGAACAAGGUUUUGCGGACAAGCCGAGCACCAUAGACUGCAAAAUGUCGUUGGUAUAUAUAUAUCUUGUACAGAGGCUGAAUUGACAUGCAGUGCCCCAGGAAUGUUGAGACGUGCCUGAAUGUGCUUUCUUUUUAGUGUGCUGUGGCGUGUGGAACCUAAGUGAGGCUUUGGAUGUUUUUGUCGGUGCAUCGGCUCUUAACUUAUGACCUGCUUGGUGUUCAAGCAUCUAAUCCCUCCUGCAAGCAGUGUUGGCAGAUUAUAGCAGCUUUUAAACUUGCCCAAGUGAGAGCUUAGUGUUUUUAGCUGAUGGGUUAAUGUACUGCAUUUGUGAAGGUAUUUUUAAUGGUUAGUUGGGAAUCCUAAGGGGUGAAUUUUAAUAUUUUUUUUGGGGGGGGGGCACUGAAUCUUGGGUUAGCAAACUAAUUUUGAUAUAAUAGUAUAUUGUAAUUAUUUUGCGAUUGAUUGUAUUACAUUGAAAGAAACCCAAUUAGUAAAAUGAUGAAUAGCAUACACCAGCAAGUAUAAUUAGGUCGAAUUUCUGCUGCCACAAGUGCCACGUUCGUUGAAACACCACAUUGGAAGACUCAGAAUGGCUCCAGUUUUCUAGCGAACUGUUGUAUUGGUGGACUAAACAUUAUCACUAUCGGCAAGGUUGUAAAAUCCUGCAGGCCUGACACCAUGGAAACUAUGAGGUAACAUCAAAAUGCACACCUUGCAGUCGCUAUUUCAAGGCUAGCAGGCAAGCUGGUAAACACUAAAAGCAUCCCUGUGUUUCAAAACACCACCUAUAAAAAGUCUUCAAGAUGCCUUUCCAAAGCCAAUAAUGAUAAUGACACGAGACGGUCGAGAAUAAACCAGAACAAGCAGCAUUCACACAAAUCAGCUGGUAAAGCAAAUGAAGUUCUAUGCCUAGUGUGAAGCAUCGACCAGCUUAUAAAUGUCGCAUAUUUUUGUGUAGUAUUUUUUAAUGACAUGCAGGGAGAAAAUUUUAUUUUUUAAAAGUGAAAUGUUAGCAUCUGUAAUAUCAAGCAGUUAGAAGAUAGUAGGCUAGCACUAGUUACUCAGUUGCUUAGACAAGAGCGCAAUUAAUAGUGUGGUUAUAAUGUUUAGUGACUAAUUGUUUGCUAAACCACAUUUCUUGACUCUCUCGAGUUCAUCUUCGUGAAAGUUCACUGUAUAGCAGAUGCUAUAGUGAAACCUGGUUGUACAAUUAUAAUUCUGAGGUUGUCUCGCAGCUAGACGAACGAUUCGUGAACACGGUCAGUUUAACAGUGGGCAAACAUAAUUAGUUAAGAGUACAUGUGAACAGUCUUUGACACUACUUCCCUAGAUUUGACUUUUCAGUAUCACAUAAGGUAUCUUGCUCAAUUCAGUCUGUUUUGAGUGAAACAAUCGCACUAAAUGUGGCCGCACUGCCUGUGAGGGGAAUUAGCUGUUGUUUGUCUGACCACUGCUGGACGGAUACUGUGAGGAUUGUAUGCGUGCACCCACUAGAAUGCGUUAUGGUGCCUCUUUGUCACGCUCGGCUGCCUCUUGUCAUUUUAGGUUGAAAACUGCUAUAAUGCUUGUAACAAAUGAACCCAGCACUGGCCGGUAGGAACAAAUAAAAAGCCCUGUGAUAACCGACGCGAGAUUGCAGUUCUGUUUGGCACCGACGUCAGUCAAGCAUUCGAAAUGGCAUCCUGCAUCGAAGCCUCGGCAGCAAGGAGGGGCAUGUUGAUCGUUGCAUGUGAGAUAAUGUGCACAUUGAGUUCUAGCAGUAGUGCAAGGUCUUAGUUGAAUGGCUGGAGAUUGUCACAAUAGCUUUUUAUCCCCCCCCCCUGUAUGCCUGCAUUUCUCGACCGCUGUAGAGUAAUCUCGUUUUUUUUAACGUGGAUUGAUGUCUCACGACAGUUUCGGGUACCAUGAACAAGGGCUGAACAGCCAAUUCGUGGACCAGACUGGUCACAAACGUGCUUAUGGGACCGCAGCUUGCUAGCUGCAACUUUGUAGAAAAGAUAAGAGCCCUCACUGCAAAGGUGUCAUGAUAUGAGUGAAUUAGCCAGAGAAGUUUCAUUGCUAGGACUGUGCGUGGUCAUUACUGCGAGAGACCCGUUUCACAUGGCGAUAGAAAAGUGCGUGCACUUGUGAUGCCUCAAUUGCGGAGAUAUGAGACACCUGUCUCCAUGGGGAACAUGAUCUUUGCAGCACCCUGAUCUUGUUGAGAGAGUGUGGAAGCUCCUUCCUUUUUCCUUUUUUCCAUGCGCAGAGCAUUGAACGAAGCACUGUUUAUGAGAUUUUUUGAUAGCCACAACCCUUUGUUUCCUCCUUUUGGUCUAGUCUGAUGUACAUGGGUUGCUUGUACUGUUGCUCAUCUGUAGCCCAACAGCUUUCAUCCUUUAGGGGCAUAUGCUUGCUUUUUAGCUGUUGCAAGACAAACCUUGCUUAUUAGUAGGCCGAAUGUCAGCAGAUUGAAAACUGCAAUGGUGGCGCAAUGAUGGUCUUGCCUGUCAUUGGCUCUUAUUUUGUCCAUCUGGGAGAGUGAAGUUCAAAUCACAAGCGUGACAGUGUGUUUAAGUUACACUGGUAAAUUUUAUGAUGUUUAAUGCUUAAGUGCAGUCAUGUGUAGUAGAGUUCAAACCAGGCCGCCACCCUUUCGUCAGCUCUUUUUCUGUGGGCUUGCAUUUUGUCAAUUCAAAGUUUUGUCGGGUUUGAGGUCGCUAUUGAAUGGUUACCACGCUCUUUUGUCUUUUUUGAUCCUACGUGAUAAAGUGUGUCACUUUGCAGCAUUGCACUUCCAAAGCUGUCAAUUAAUUUGAAAAAUUGGUUAUUUUCAUUCUUAUGCUCCUUGUAAUUUUUAAUUUCUCUCGAAGUUGUGCUGCAUUCCAGUUAACUAGUUUUACAAAGUGGGGCUGUCAGAUUUGUGUCUUUACUUUUUUUGCUGCUGUAUGCUCACCAAGCUUCGCUGAUUUUUACGGCACGAGCUACUUUAAACUACUUUUUCUUUGGUGGAAUAGUUGUCAAACACAACAAUCUUGCUUCGAACUAAAGCAUUUAAUUUGUUUAGCUUCAUUUGCACAAGAACAUGCUUGUGCACCUUUAGGCAAUUUGGUCGCCCAAAUAUUUUGUUUUUCAAGGUUCGUUAGUGAGAGUAUUUAUAGCAGGAGGCUUAGGAAGCAGUAAUGAAGCUUUUUGUUGUCUCAAAAAGAAAAUGAGAAGCCCAAUUUUAAAGCUUUACUAUGUUCCACUAGAAUGUGGAAUCAUCUUGGCACUCCCGUUCUUGCUGCUGUUGUAUGAUCAAUGUGGGUUUACCACAUGCUAUAUAACUAUAUUAUGGAGAAAUAGUUGGUGCAGAAAUUUAAGGUCAUGCAUGAGUUGUCAAUGGAUUACCGUUACUUGGUCUUUGUUUUCGUCACACUUGCUUAUUGGGACAACUUGGCCACAUUGCCGGACACCUAAACUGUGAACGAGAAACUAUGUUGUCGUGAACAACCAUUUGCAACCUGUGAGACCCAUCCCCCCCCCCAGUGCCAUGAAAUCUUUGUUCCUAAACGAGCUGUUAUAGAGAACAGCUUAGACGAUAUCUACAACCUUUCCCUUCCAUCAUGUCUUGGGCCUGUUGCUUCAUUUGUGCAAAACUUGAUGUCAUGCUCUUUUAGAAGAAACGUGUACGAAAGUGCUACGCAGUUGUGUGUCACUUUGUUUCAAGUGCCCACAUCUGUUGGGUGACUGCCACGAACAAAACGCCACUCUCGGCAAGAUUAUUAAAUCACAGGCCAUCCAACCUUACACAUGUGUGCUCUUUCUCUCCAUUCUGUACAUAUCCUUCCUGCCUGGCCAGCAUUUCAGUAUCUCGCACGUUGCAUCAAGUCGCGUCGCGCUGCGCACUAUGGUGCCUUGGACUUUACAGAGCCGGUGAGGUGUUAUAGCCCAUUUUUACUUAAAGAUGUCUUUUUCGUAUGAUGCGUAACUUGACCGCAGAAGUCUCGCAAAACUCAUAGUACAAUGAAAGUGUCGUAUUUUAUGAAAAAGUCACGAUUAUGGUAGUUGAUGAAGCUGCUUCUUUUUUAUAGUGCAUUCACCGGCUGGUGACUGCCUGCUGCGUUGUUGUUUGUUUUGAUUGCAAAGAAUAUAUGUGUAUGUGUGCACGUGUGAUGCUGCGGUUUGUUAAACUGGCUAAGCGCUGCCAAGGUAAGAUGUGGAAAAUCGCAGACUUCCGCAUUCUAGAAGAACGGGACAGUGAAGCACUUUUCCAAUGUGCACGUUAAUAUAUUUAUUUAUGAAGCGCCUGCACACGUGGACUGCAGUGUUUUACCCAUGCUGUGUUUUUCUUUCAGUUUAUUAUCCCACCUGCCCCCUUCUCCCAUUCCCUCUUGCUUUAUAUAUUCCUUGGACAGAACGAUCUUCGCUGUGCCUGUGUUGUACGAAGUGUUUUACUGAAGUCGUGGGCACUCAUUCUUGCGAAGGAAUUUGUCGCCUCUCAGAUGAGUGUUUGUAAUAAAAAGUUUUUUUUUUUU